GUUAAAUUUUUCUUCUCUUUUUGCUGUUUGAGCUCAUCACGUAUUCAGGAUUUCCGUACUGCGGAAACAUCCAGCCAAUAAUCUUUGCGUUCGGAAUCAUUGUUUGCGGUCAGAAAUGGUGCACUACGUCAAGAUGGAAGACGGCAAAGUAAUGCCAAUCCAGGAUAUGCUUAAGAGCAUCGAACGAUACAACCCAGAACAUCUGAAAGUGAUCGAGGCAUACGUCGAAGAGCAGGCUCGGGAUAAUCAGUACGAUCUGGAGGCCAACCUUGCCUGCUUGAAGCUUUAUCAGUUCAACCCUCAGCUGAUGAAUUUGGAUGUCACCUACAUCAUCCUGCUGAAGUCUUUGACUAACUUCCCGCAUACGGAUUUUACUCUGUGCAAAUGUUUAUUACUCCCAGCACAGAUGAACGAUGAUACCGUGAAAGAAAUUAUCUAUUUGGCCGACAUUUUGGAGAAAUGUGACUUCACUUUGUUCUGGUCCCGGGUUGCCUCGAAUGCUCAGUUCGUGAAGAAAAUCAGUGGAUUUUACGAUUCGAUCCGGAAAUUUGUUUGCCACGUCGUUGGAAUCACUUUUCAGUCGAUCGACAAAAGCUACCUGGUUCGGUUGCUGGGUGAUGUCGAUGAUAACGUCCUCCGAGUUUGGGUUAAGAAAAACAACUGGAAGGAAGAUGGCCAGUACAUAACGGUGGCACAACAGGAAGGUAACAUCAAGACUAAACAUAUUACUGAAAAAAUUGACUUCGAAAAUCUCGGUCCGCUGAUGGCGAAUUGCCUAUAAGCGCUUCCUUUUGACCGCAACAAAAAUGCAUUUCCAAGGAUUAUUAAACAUCAAUAAAUGCUAGAAUAACUUCACAA